GAGCCUUAACAAACCGGCAAGCGACCGCCAUGUUGGUUUUAUAUAUUGAUAACAAAAAAAUACGUUAUAACUGCGUAAACUUCUUCCAGUGAAAUCGGAAUAAUUCCAAACUAUCUAGGGAGACCCUAGUCAUUUCCGAAGAAAAGAGACACACUUCUACAGAUGUAAAUUUUCUGUUGCUUGCCAUGUGAAGCUUCUAUCUUGAACUCUCAACACAGUAAGUGCCCAGAAUGGGUUCGUCGGAGAAGUUUUGUCUCCGUUGGAACGAUUUUGAGUCCAACAUUAGUAAAGCAUUCCGAGAGAUUAGAGAAGAUAAAGACUUUUUCGACAUAACCUUAGCGUGUGAAGAUGAUCAGAUCCCAGCACAUAAAGUUAUUCUCUCCGCCUGCAGUCCGUUCUUCAGAGCUAUCCUCAAGCGGAACAAACACGAACAUCCGCUUCUCUAUCUGAAAGGUGUGAAAUACAGUGAUCUUGUUUCCGUUUUGAACUUUAUGUACCACGGCGAGGUGAAUGUGGCGCAGGAGGAUUUAAACACUUUUCUCGCCGUGGCGGAGGAUCUCAAGGUCAAAGGUUUAACUCAAAGUGAUAGUUCAAAUAACACAUCCGCCCCGGCAGUUAAAUCUAAGUCAAGAGAACCCCCCGAAUCGUCAAUACCUCCGCCAUCCAAGAAAAUCCGUCCUAAUCCCACCACUUCAACCCCUCUCCCUGCUGUGUAUAAAGACGAUGAUAUCCAGGAAGUGACUCCUGUUAAAACUGAACCUCAGCUGAGUACAGAUAACAAUGUGAUGGCCCCCGUUGACCACUAUGGCGGUGGUGAACUGGUUGAUGCUGAUUACGGGGAGGAUUAUGGUGACUACGAGGGAGGAUAUGAAGGGAACUAUGACGGAACUAUAGGAGAUCAAAAUUCAUCAACAGCUGACGGAAAUAAAGAAGUGGAAGUGUACAUGAAGAUGGUUGAGGUUAAUGGAAGUGAAUCCUGGCAAUGUCUAGUUUGUAGCAAGGUUUGCAAAAGAAAAUAUAUCCUGAAGGAUCAUGUUGAGAGUCUCCAUUUGAACACGAUGACCCACACGUGUGUUUACUGUGCUAAGAACUAUCUUACGAGAAACAGUCUUCAAAAUCACAUGUCAACCUAUCAUAAGAAUAUUUAGAACAAUGUACCAACCGAUCAUGUGAAUAUCUAGAACCAUGUAUCAACCUGUCAUAAGAAUAUUUAGAACGGAGAACCAUGUAUCAACCUAUCAUAAGAAUAUUUAGAACGGAGAACCAUGUAUCAACCUAUCAUAAGAAUAUUUAGAACCAUGGAUCAACCUAUCAUAAGAAUAUUUAGAACCAUGUCAACCUAUCAUAAGAAUAUUUAGAACCAUGGAUCAACCUAUCAUAAGAAUAUUUAGAACCAUGUAUCAACCUAUCAUAAGAAUAUUUAGAACCAUGGAUCAACCUAUCAUUAGAAUAUUUAGAACCAUGUAUCAACCUGCCAUAAAAAUAUCUAAAACCAUGUAUCAACCUAUCAUAAGAAUAUUUAGAACCAUCCAUGUAUCAACCUAUCGUUAGAAUAUUUAGAACCAUGUAUCUACCUGUCAUACAAAUAUCUAAAACUAUGUAUCAACCUAUCAUAAGAAUAUUUAGAACCAUGUAUCAACCUAUUAUUAGAAUAUAUCUAAAACUAUGUAUCAACCUAUCAUAAGAAUAUUUAGAACCAUGUAUCAACCUAUUAUUAGAAUAUUUAGAACCAUGUAUCAACCUAUCAUAAGAAUAUCUGGAACCAUGUAUCAACCUAUCAUAAGAAUAUCUGGAACCAUGUAUCAACCUAUCAUAAGAAUAUCUGGAACCAUGUAUCCACCUAUCAUAAGAAUAUCUGGAACCAUGUAUCAGUCUAUCAUAAGAAUAUCUAGAACGAUGUAUCCACCUAUCAUGUGAAUAUUUAAAAAAGAAAUAUAUUGUAAAAUUUAAAAAAA